CCGAAAGAGAUGAAUCACACUGUGAUUGUGUCUAUACCAAAGAAAAAGGACCCAGAAACACCAAUGGACUACAUGCCAAUCAUUUUGUGUCGAGUAAUCUACAAGAUUCUAUCUGAGGUCAUCACAAACAGGUUGAAAAGAAUUUUGAACUCGAUCAUAUCUGAAGAGCAAAGUGCAUUCGUACCAGGCAGAUUCAUACAUGAUAAUAUAAUGGUGGCUUUUGAAUGCUUUCAUGCUAUGAAAAAUAGAAAGAAAGGUAAGAGGAUACGUGACAGCAAAGCUGGACAUCGCCAAAGCAUAUGAUAGAGUGGAAUUGGGGUUUUUGGAAGCGGUGAUGCUAAAACUGGGAUUUGCAGAAGCUUGGGUACGCCUAAUUAUGCAAUGUGUUACUACUGUAACCUACAGUGGCUUGUUAAUGGCCAUCGCUCAGAAGAAAUUAUCCCAUCGAGAGGAUUGAGACAGGAAGACCCUAUGUCGCCCUAUUUGUUCCUUUUUUGCGUCGAAGGACUCUCAGCUAUUACAAGGAAGUUCACUCACGAGGGAAGGCUACAGGGCAUCAAGGUUUGUGGAAGAGCCCCUAUGGUGACUAACCUAUUCUUCGCUGAUGACAGCAUCCAUUUCUUUGAAUGCAAGCGAGAAGAAGGGGAAGCAUUAAGGGACAUUCUGCAUAUAUAUGCUUUGGAAUCUGGUCAACAAGUAAGUCUUCAGAAGUGUGAACUAUCUUUCAGUGACAAUGUGGAGGAGGAUAGGAGGAAAGAGAUGGGAGAAAUACUUGAGAUGCAGAUUGUGGACCACCAUGACAAGUACUUAGGACUUCCAACGGUUAUUGGGAGGUCCAAAAAGGCGGUGUUCAGUCAAUUGGUGGACAGGGUUCGUAAGAAAGUGAAAAUGUGGUAGAGUAAGCUGCUGUCUAAUGCUGCCAAAGAAGUUUUGAUUAAAUCAAUUGCUCUGGCUCAAGCAAUGUAUGCCAUGUCAGUGUUUCUGUAAUACCCGGACCUUUCGGUUCAGGUUCGACCAUAAUACGUGAACAGUUGGUUUAACGAGUAUAUACGAAGAGUUGCAACCGGGGUUUAACGAGUAUAUAUCGAAUACGAGUGAUGGACGAUUCACCCAUUUGUGCCUCCAGGCAGAUGACUGAUACUGGUCUUAACUGCUUCUCGUAGUGGAAGAAAGGUCAAGGUGUGCUCAAUUAGACUCUACGGCAGAGAACUGAUUCUAUCACCACCAUCGCCGCCAUCGCUCCUACAAACCUUUUUAUUCCCCGGACCACGAACAUCCAGAGUCGUCAAUGGCUCUCUUGUUGUGAUCUUUCGGUUGGAUAUUGGUGCAGUCGCUUCGUUCACUUUGAAUCAAGUGAAAAAGUGUAUGAAUUCGAUCCUACCGACAAAUGCUUCCGCGAGGUCCCUGAUUAUUCCUUGCCUCUCCCUAUGCCACAACCAAUCGUUGCAAAUAUCAUGGGGAAAGUAUAUGUGCGUCAUGGAGAUCAUUUCUGCAAUGAGCAUGGAUGGUCGUAGAAGCCCAGCUUAGCCUUCCAGGUUUUAGAAUUCAAUCUUCAUUCUGGAUCUUACUAUUGGAAGACCACGACUGUGUUGACAACUAAAUCAGAGAGGUCCAAAAGGAACCCAAGGCGAUCACUUGCAGAAUAAGGUGAGUGUAAAGGGGGUAAAUUCUACGCCUUACGUAUUCUUUUAAGUUUUAUGAUUUUAAGUAUUUUAGUGAAGUGGUUACCAUUGCUUGGUUAUGUUUGUGAUUCAUUAUUUGUGUUUUUCUUGAGCUAUGAUUUGAGGUGAGUUUGUACUAUUUGAGGUGAUUUUUGUGCUAAUUGUUAUGAUUUGAGGUGAUUUUGUGCUAUUUAAUUUAAAGCUUUUCGUUUAUAAGUUAUUGUUAAAGUUAAGAAACAAGCUCUUUUUAAGAAGUAACUCACCUUCGAGAAGGUGAAGUCAUUUUAAGUGUUUUUAGUCACUAGCGCCAGUCCGUUGCCUUUUGAUACAUUUUGAGAUAGAGCAACAGUUAUGCUCGUGAGACUUUUAAGAUGAGCAGCAUUUAUGCUCUUGCGAAUCGUGGUGAAGAGCCACCACGAUAAGUUUAAGAUGUUAGGGGGAUGAAUCGUUAUGACUCCCCUAACUAAGUUUAAGUUUAAGGAAAGCCUGGAUGGCUUCUCAUACGUAUGAGUUGGCAACCAAGCUAGCUAGUGAGGGAUCCCCGUGUUAGUCAAGUAUUUAAGUCAAGAUUUGAGCUUUAAGAGAGGAGAGUAACUUCAACUCCCUCAAAGUUUAAGAGUUAAGAUUUUAAGAAUGGAAGUACAAACAACUUCCACUAGUCAAAGUUGAGUGUUUAAGUAAAGUACUCAAGUUUUA